GACCGGAACAAGAGGGCGGUCGCCAUGGCGAACAGGCGGCAGGUGUUGCAACUUUUUAAAUCAUUACACAGAACCCGGCAAGAAGUUUUUAAAAAUGAUGCCAGAGCCCUUGAAGCUGCAAGACAAAAGAUAAAUGAAGAAUUCAAAAAUCACCAAGAUGAGACAUCUGAAGAGAAGAUAAAUGAGCUUCUGAAAAUAGCUUCAGAUGUUGAAGUGAUUCUUCGAACUUCUGUUAUUCAGGCAGUUCACACGGAUUCCAACAGAAUAGCACCUAGGAACCAGUUUCUGUUGGGAAGUUUGCUGUGGGAAAUGCUUGUUGCUCAUACCCAGGAAAGAUCUGCUACAAGACAACACUCCUUACUUUGAUAAACCAACAAAAAAGCAUGAAUCCUGAGGAAAAUACAUCCCUCUCAAUAUCCUGUAUUGAGAUCUCUGAAAACCGAUGUGGAUACCUGUAUUAAAGCUGUAUUUAAAAAAUCAUUGGAUAUUGUUAACAGGAACUGAAACCAAGUCACUGUUUUUGUUGUUUUCUGUGGUAUCAUCACACACUGCUUCUGUGGAAGAUACUAAUACUUCCACAGAAGUGGAUACUAGGACUUCCACUUCAAGAUGCACAGUUAGCCUGAAAAUACACUGCUGAAUUGUGUUACUUCAGCCAGUAAUGUUUUCAAUUAUGACAGUUGUCAGAGAUUGUUUCUUAGCAAUAGAAAGGGGUUUGGGUGUUUUUAUUUUUUUUUAAACCAAGUACAAGUUAAAUGCAGUUCUUAAUCCUGAUAAUAUUUAUUUAUAACUUUAUUGUCAAUCAUAUACUGUUUUAAAGUAAUGAAAGACUAUCUUGUGGCACUUGCCAUUAAAUUUAUGCUUUGCACCAAAAGCAUCAUUUCUAAAGUUGUUAGGAAUUGUACACUAAUAUAUUGUGAUGCCUGAGAGAGUUCUUAAGGUUUAUCUGAAUAAAUUAUUUAGGUCUUACA